AUGGCCAGCCUGGGAGGCCCAAACACCGUGCACAUCUGCGUGGUGGGCGAUGAGGGCGUGGGCAAGACGUCGCUCAUCACCGCAGCCGCCACUGAGACGUUCCCCGACCACCCGCCGCCGGUGCUGCCGCCGGCGCGGCUGCCCGCCGACACCACCCCCGAGGGCGUGCCCGUGGUCAUCACCGACACCUCCUCCCGCCCAGAGGACAAGCAGUCGCUGGAGCUGUCGUGCCAGGAGGCCUCGGUCAUCGUCCUCUGCUUCUCGGCCGACCGCCCCGGCACGCUGCGCCGCAUCUCGUCCUACUGGAUGCCAGAGCUGCGGCGCCUGGGGGUGCACGUGCCGGUCAUGCUGGUGGGGUGCAAGAGCGACGUGCGCACGCCCAACCCGGUGGCCGACAGAGGCCUGCAGGAGGCUGUACUGCCCAUCGUGAAGGCGUACCCGCAGAUAGAGACGUGCAUGGAGUGCAGCGCCAAGAAGCUGCAGUUUGUGGGGGAGGUGUUCUACUACGCGCUCAAGGCCGUGGUGCACCCCAUGGCGCCGCUGUACGAGCCCGAGAGCCAGAAGCUGCGCCCGCUGUGCGCCAAGGCCCUCAAGCGCAUCUUCCUGCUCUGCGACAAGGACAAGGCGAGCGGCGGCUGCGUGCGCUGCGACGGCGUGCUGAACGACGGCGAGCUGAACGCGUUCCAGGUGCUGUGCUUCAACGCGCCGCUGCAGGCGGAGGAGCUGGAGGAGAUGUUCUCCACAGCGCCCGCAGACCCCUGGGCCAGCCUGGAUUACGAGGGCCUGCUGGUGGAGCGCAGCCGCAAGGGCCUGCUCACCCUCAACGGCUUCCUGGCGCUGUGGGCAGUCACCACGGCGGGCAGCCCGCGCCACACCCUGGCAUACGCUUACUACCUCGGGUACCCCGAGGACGCCCCCGCCGACAGGUUGUUCCAGGUGUCGCGGCCGCGGCGGCAGGAGCGGCGCGCGGACGCGCCGCGGCGCGGCGUGCUGCAGUGCUUCCUCUUCGCGCCAGGCACGCCGGGCGCGCGCGGCUUCCAAGGGGUGGACGCCACGCCGGUGCUGGAGGGCUUGAUAGCGCAGGCGCGGCCCGCGCACGGCAGCCUGGCGGGGCCCAUUCACGCGGCGGCAGCGGCGGUCGGCGGCGGCGGCGGCGGCGAGCCGGGCACCACACUCAUCCUGCGGUCGGUGACCGAGGAGCAGGCGCAGGUGCUGCAGGCCGAGGAGCUGCUGCGCUGUGACGUGGCAGCCUUUCUGUUUGAUGCCAGCCAGCCGGGCAGCUUCGAGGCGGCGCGGGAGCGGAUGCUGGCGGUGGCGACGGCCUCGGGGGACGCCCUGCCCUGCCUCUUCCUGCAGGCAAACGACAACGAGGCCACCCCGCAGCUGGCUGAGCGCAUCGGGGCGGCGUGCAGCGAGCUGGCGGUGCGCCUGCCCGCCUCCUACACGCUGCGCCCCUCCGCCGCCGCCUACCAGGCAAUCGCACUCACCGCGCAGCAGCCGGAGCUGGCCAUACCCGAGACGCCCAGUCUCAAGGCGGCACGGCAGUACCGCCGCAUGCUGCGCAGGGGCCUGCUGUAUGCGGGGGCAGGUACCACCCUGGUACUGGCAGGAUACCUGGGGUGGAAGCUGUGGAAGGACCGAGCAGCGGGGGGCGGCGGCGACGGCGGCAAGAGCGGCGGCGGCGGCGGCGGCGGCGGCGGUGGCAGCAGCGGCGCCCCGUCGAGGCCGCCGGCGGCGGCGGCAGCUGGCGGGGCCGACUGA